UAAAGAAAGAAAGAAAAAGCUCGCGUAUGAUUUGUUUGUGUAUCCUCAGUGUUUUGAUGAGUGUAAAUAGAGUCUUGUCUCUGUGUAUUUUAGUAUUAAGAUGUUGAUGAUGAGAGAUGAGAUGUGCUGUAAAUCAGUAGGAACUGAUCUGUCCAUGCUGGAUAUUGAUGAUUUCAUCACAGAAAUCUCUCAGCUGAAGAAAGAGGUGGCGUUACUGGAGACAAAGCUGAGGUCAAGAGGAGAUGAAGGAGUGAAGAGAGAGGAUGUGGUUUGUUGUGAAUCUUCAGUGUAUGUGACUGAUGGAUGUCUGGAUUCAGUGUGGAUGAGCAGAGAUCAGAGCCGCACACCACAGCCACUGCUGGACUCUAAACUCUCUGAAGAGAAAUCCAGACACACACAGGACUCAGAGCAGCAGAUCCUGCAGACCACACUGAAGAUGUGUUCAGUCAAACUGAUCGACUGCAGGAACCUGAUGAUGAAGAUUAAAACUGAACCCACAGAAGAGGAAGAUCACACCGAAGAUAAAGACAACCGUGCAGAUGAUUUUAUACCAUCAGAUGUGAAGAGUGAAUCAUGUUGUGAUGGAGAAACAUCCUCAACAUCAGAAGAUCGACUGACAGCACAAACUCUUUCCUGCAUUACCUGUGGAAAGACAUUCAGCUCACAAAGACAUUUAGAGAGACAUGAGAGAAAACACACAGAACAGAAACUCAGCUUUACUACCUUACAAGAGAAGAAACUUCAUCAUUCAAAGGAGCACGAAGAGAAGUUGUUGUUUCACUGUGAGCAGUGUGGGAAGAUUUUUGAUUUCUUAUCCAAGCUAAAAGUUCACAUGAGGACACAUAGUGGUGAAAAGUCUUUCUGCUGCACUGAAUGUGGAAAUUACUUCAGCACCAAAGGAAGUCUUGAUGUUCAUCAGAGAAUUCACACAGGAGAAAAACCAUACGAGUGUCCUCACUGUGAAAAGCGAUUCAGACAUAAAAGCAAUCUGAGGAGACAUGUGCGUUUACACACCAAUGAGAGACCGUAUCAGUGCAGUGAAUGCGACAAAACAUUUAGGGAUUCAGCUUCAUUAAAAUCACACCAGAAUAUUCACUCUCAACUCUUUCAAUGUUCACACUGUGAUAAACAUUUCUGUCAGAAAUCUAAUCUGAUACGCCAUGAAAGCAUUCACACUGGAGAGAAACCUCAUCACUGUGGUAUCUGUGGGAAGAGUUUUAUUCUACAUGACAAAUUAGUGAAUCACCAGAGAAUUCAUACAGGUGAUAAACCUUACAAAUGCUCUCAGUGUGAGAAGACGUUUACUCAUUCAAGUAACUUAAAAAUCCAUCAGAGAGUUCACACUGGAGAGAAACCUUACAUCUGCUCUGAGUGUGGAAAGAGAUUCACUAAUUCAAGUUCUUUUAAAAUUCACCAGAGAGUUCAUACGGGAGAAAAACCUCAUCACUGUAGUGUUUGUGGGAAAAGUUUUAAUCGACAUGACAAUUUAGUGAAUCACCAGAGAAUUCAUACAGGUGAAAAACCUUUCAAAUGCUCUCAGUGUGACAAGAUGUUUGCUCUGUCAAGUCACUUAAAAAUCCAUGAGAGAGUUCACACUGGAGAGAAACCUUACGCCUGCUCUCAAUGUGGAAAGAGAUUCAAUAAUUCAACUUCUAUAAGAGUUCAUCUGAGAGUUCACACUGGAGAAAAACCUUUUUACUGUAGUGUUUGUGGGAAAUGUUUUAAUCGACAUGACAAUUUAGUGAAUCACCAGAGAACUCAUACAGGUGAAAAGCCUUACAAAUGCUCUCAGUGUGACAAGACAUUUGCUCAUUCAAAUACCUUUAAAAUCCAUGAGAGAGUUCACACUGGAGAGAAACCCUACCACUGCUUGACUUGUGAAGAGAGAUUUGCUGACUCUAAAAGUCUUCGGAAUCAUCAGAACAAACACACUGAAGAACAAACUACACUGAAAUCAUCAUAGUGACUUUUUUAUAUUAUAUUUAUUUUGUCUAGUUACUCUAUUCUACAAUAUUUUUCUUAAUAUUGUUUAAAUCUAAUGUUGGUGCUGUAUUGUUUUUUUAAUGCUGAUAUGAGUCUUCAGUGAUUUCUAUGUCAGCAUUUAUGGCUAUAUUCAUUGCGAGAACUGUUUUAUAAAAUAAAUUUUAAUACAUUAUGAUAUUGCUUCACCAGCUACUUGACAUUUAUAUGAGGUUUUAUGAAGACUUUUUUAUGUGUGUAUCAUCAUGCAUUCAUCAAAUGCAUUAUAACUUAAACAUUAAACUUUAGAAAUAUAGUAGUGAUAAUGGUUUUAUGCUUACUCAAAUGAUGUGGUUCUCUGUUAACU